GUCCGUGGGCGGCCAGGAACCAGUUCAAGCCAAGCUAUAAGAGGAGAAAUAAAUCUGCCAGCACCACUCAACUCUCCCCUCCAACCUCUGUAUCUUGUUGGUCUGAGAUGAAGAGUAUAAUGGCGCAGACGCCCCACGACUCAUCCUUCUCCUUCUCCCGCCGCCACUUCCACUGGAUUAUAGCCAGAGUGGAAGGCACCGUCGGCUCCAAGAGCAGCCCCAACAGCACAGAGGACGAGGAGAUCCUCGGCCCCGCGUUCACCGCCUCCGACGCUUGCACAGAACUCCCACCCCGCCCGUCCACCGCCUCCGACGCUUGCACAGAUCUCCCACCCCGACCCCGAUCCGCAGUGGCUCGAAUCCGCUCGGUGCUGACUGCCGCGUUCUCCGGUCGACCCGCUCGCUCUGCCGUGCUGGGCGCCCGCCUCUUGGGCACCCUCUACGGCCCACGGCGUGGCAAGGUCCGCUUCGCCUUCCAGAAGAAUCCUCACGACUCCCCGGCGCUUAUUUUCGAGCUGGAGAUUCCCACCGGGUCUCUUGUAAAGGAGAUGGCUUCCGGCGUAGUGCGCGUCGCUCUAGAGUGCGAGCGCAGGGAUGGGAAGGUGAGGCUGGUGGAGGAGCGACAGUGGCGAGCAUAUUGCAAUGGGAGGAAGUGCGGGUCGGCGGUGCGUGCCAAUUGUGGUGCCGGGGACUGGCGCGUGGUGCGUGCGGUUGAGCCGGUGACCAUGGGAGCCGGAGUGCUGCCAGCGGAGGCGGAGGAGGAGGAGGGGGAGGGGGAGGUGAUGUAUAUGAGGGCGAGGUUUGAGAGGGUGGUGGGAUCUAAGGACUCGGAGGCUUUUUAUAUGAUUAAUGCGAAGGGGAACGGUGGAGGGUCCGAACUCAGCAUCUAUUUUCUUAGAGUUUAAUAUGGAGAAAAUUGGGUAUUUUAAUUUGGGUGAUUAGUGGUAAUAAGUGUUGGGUUCGGCUCUUAAUUAUUCUAUCUUUUCUCUGAAACUUGUUUUUAUGUUGUGAAACGGAAAAUUUUGGUUCGUGGAUGUUUGUGUAGUUAUUCGAUUUCGGCCAUUCAACUCAGAUUGAAUUCAUCAUGAUUUAGUUUAAUGAAUGGGAUCGGAUAAUUAGAAAUCUAACAAUCUACUCAAAAUGUUUGCGAUCCCAACCCAUACGACUCAUUUGUAGCAAAUAUAUGUGUUAUUAAUAGUUUCAUGGGUU